ACAAAAACAAAAAAAUGAUGAAAUUUUUAUCGAUUUGUUGUUUAUUUUCAUUCAUUUUGGGUAAUUCAUUCAUACUGAAUUAUGCCAAUCUGAUUGGAACGUCAAUAAAUAUAAGCAAUGAUGGCCGAUUGCCAUCGAUGACUGACAAUAUUCAUGCUACUACGGAUAACAAUGAUGAUGAUGAUGAUGGUGGCGAUGAAAAAUCACAAUCGAUUGAUCCGAUCGAAACAACAGCAAAAUUAUUGAUCCGUGUCGAUGAAUUGGUUGAAAAAUUAUUAGCCGCUAAUAAUAAUAAUAAUAAUGAUGAUUCGAUUUCUGGUGAACAUUAUUAUAUUUCGGAUGAUCAUGUUGAAGCAUCAUCAUCAUCAUCAUCAGUAGUCAUUGAUGAUGAUGGUGAUUCAAAAAUGGCCAUCGAUCAUAAUGUCAACAAUCAACAGGUCGAUGAAUCAGCUGAUUCGAAAAAUCAAUACCAACAAGAAGAACGUUUUUCUGUUCUAUUAACCGAUUUGAAAAAGAUUGAAGAAAUGAUUGGCAUCGCCAUAGUUAAAGCUAAUUUAAAUCGUCAAUAUCGAUUGGUAAUGCGAUUACGGCCAUUACAAACAUAUGUGCAACAAAUUUAUCGAAAUCUUGAAUCACUUCGUGCUCGUGUUGUAGCCAUUGCUACAUUAUCCAAUCUGGCAAUUACUGUCAAUGAUGUUUUGGUACAAUUUGGUGAUGUAAUGACCAGUUCACAGAUAAUGUCAUCCGGUAUGAUACCGAAAAAUCCGCCACCGAAAAUUCUUCCCGGUAUUACGAAUUUCAGCAGUUCCAAUAUAGUUCCAAUAGCUGUUGAAUCGACAAAAACUACAACUACAAACAGAAUCAUUUCGGAAUCAUCAUCAACGAAAAUUGUGACAACAACUGAAAAUCCAACAACACUUUCAUAUGUCGAAGUGGAUGCUGAACAUUUUUUUCAGAAUAUUCUUUCGGAUCAUAAAAAAUGAAAAUCAAUCAUUAUGGCAAAUAUUUUUACAAUUUAUUUUAUUUAUUUAUUUAUUUAACUGUAUGGGAUGAAAGUAUUGAAAAAAGUAAAAAAUAAAAUUUAGCAAAAAAAAACAA